AUGACAUCCGGCUACCGUCAGCCUAGCAGAGAUCCCGGGCUGAGACCCGCGGACAAGGACGGCGGUCGUACCUAUGUGCAAAACAAGGCGGUGGCCGAUGAGCCGACCGGCGACUUUGCCGCCAUCGACCCGCACUCGGGCGUCAAGCGCGGGCUCAAGACGCGCCACCUCAGCAUGAUGGCGCUCGCAGGCAUCAUCGGGCCAGGCCUGCUGGUUGGCUCGGGCGGCGCACUGUCGGACGGCGGCCCAGCGGCGCUCGUCAUCGGCUUCGGCGUCAUCGGCAUCAUCGCUUUUAGUAUUAUGCAGAGCCUGGGCGAGCUGACGACGCUGUACCCGUCGGGCGGCGCGUUCGUCUCGUUGGCAGACCGCUUCGUGGACAAGGCGUUUGGUGUCGCCGUCGGCUGGAACUACUUUAUCAUCUGGCUUGCCGUGCUGGCCAACGAGUACAACACCAUCACCAGCAUCUUCACCCUCUGGAGCGACAAGGUCCCCAUCUGGGGGUACUUUCUGAUGUUUUGGUUCGCCUUCACGGCCUUCCAGCUACUCGGCGUAGAGGCGUUUGGCGAGGCCGAGUUCUGGCUUGCGCUGCUAAAACUCGGCAGCCUGGUGGCCUACUUUUUGUUUUCCAUCAUUUAUGUCGGCGGUGGCAUCAAGAACGUGCCAGCGCUUGGCGGGAAGUAUUGGCACGACCCGGGGGCGCUACCGCACGGCUUCCGGGGUGUAGCGACGGUGUUUGUCUUCUGCUCGACCUUUUACGCCGGCGUGGAGUCAGUCGCGGUGGCGGCAACGGAAACGAAGAAUCCGGGCGUGGCCGUGCCGCUGGCGAUCCGGCAGGUGUUCUGGCGCAUCCUUUUCAUCUACAUGGGCUCGGCCAUCUUCUUCGGCCUGACCUGUCCGUCGAAUGCAAGCGGGCUGAUCAACGGUGGCAACCGCGCGCUCAAGUCGCCGAUGACGAUCGCGAUUCAGACGGCUGGUUGGCACGGCGGCCAGCACCUCAUCAACGCCUUCAUCCUGGUCACGUGUCUGAGCGCGGUCAAUUCGAGUAUCUACAUUGGCAGCCGAACGCUGCUGUUCAUGGCUCAGGACGGCAAGGCGCCCCGGCUCCUCGGCCGGACCAACAGCCGCGGUGUGCCCAUCGCGGCCGUCCUCAUGACCAAUGCCUGCGGCGCUCUCAGCAUGAUGAACGUCUCGACCGGCGCCAGCUCGGCCUACUCGUACAUUGUCAAUCUCUCUGGCGUCAGCACCUUUCUCGUCUGGGGCAGCAUCUCCUUCACCCACAUCCGAUUCCGCGCUGCCUGGAAGGCCCAAGGCCACACUGCGGCCGAGCUGCCUUUCCGCUCGUUUCUGUACCCAUGGAACGCCUACUUCGGCCUUGGGGCCAACGCCUUCCUGGCCCUUGUUCAGGGAUGGACGACUCUGUCGCCGUUCAGAGCUGGGAAAUUUGUGGACUCAUACAUCCUGCUGCCCCUGUUUGCCGUCAUCUACGUUGUGUACAAGCUGGUAUUCCGGACCCGGUUCUGGCGAGCAGGCGAGGUCGACCUGGUGUCCGGCCGGCGGCGGGACGUGGAGGAAGACAAGGAAAUUGCGGAGGGACAAGUUGAGCACGCUUCCCUAAGACUCGGCGCAGCAUGGUUGCGGAAGCCUGGCGCAAUGCUGUCGAGAUCCUCAUCGAUGACGCUGCCGGUGGCAGGGACGAGUGCGGGCGGGCGGAGGCUGUCUGUCAGUUCUCGCAUCUCGUUUGCGGUAUCGAGCGCAGAGCGGGGCGAGAGUGAGGUGGCGCCGGCAGCGGCAGCGGAGCACCAGAUGGAAGAGGAGAUCGCAGAGAUCAAAAGAUACGAGGAUGCAGCUCGCGAGCAGCAGCGCCGCAAGACGCAGCGACAGCACAGCGCGACGCUCUACGACAACGGGCAGGCCGGAUGGCGAUACCGGCUGUGGGAGUGGUAUGACGCGGGACAGGGCUGGAUUGUGGUGACGUUGAUCGGGGCGGCGAUCGGGCUGAACGCGGCCUUUCUCAACAUCGUGACGGAAUGGCUGUCGGACAUCAAGAUGGGCUACUGCACGACGGCCUUUUACCUCAACGAGAGCUUCUGCUGCUGGGGCGCAGACAACGGCUGCGCAGACUGGCACCGCUGGACGGUGCUGGAGCCGGCCAACUACGUGCUGUACCUGGCGUUCGCGGUGGUGUUUGCGUGGACGUCGGCGACGCUGGUGCGGUCGUUUGCGCCGUACGCAGCCGGAUCAGGCAUCUCGGAGAUCAAGUGCAUCAUCGCCGGCUUCACGAUGAAGGGCUUCCUGGGCCCGUGGACGCUGGCGAUCAAGUCAGUGGCACUGCCGCUGGCCAUCGCGUCCGGGCUCUCGGUCGGCAAAGAGGGCCCCAGCGUGCACUAUGCCGUCUGCACCGGGGCCGUGAUCUCGCGCUUCUUCGGCAAGUACCGACACAACGCAUCCAAGACGCGCGAGAUCCUGUGCGCGUGCGCGGCAGCCGGCGUGGCCGUGGCCUUUGGCAGCCCCAUUGGCGGCGUGCUCUUCUCGCUCGAGGAGAUGGCGACAUACUUUCCGCUCAAGACGGUGUGGCGCAGCUACUUUUGCGCGCUCGUGGCCACGGCCGUGCUCGCAGCCAUGAACCCAUUCCGCACCGGCCAGCUGGUCAUGUUCCAGGUGCACUACGACCGGUCGUGGCACUUUUUCGAGACGGCCUUUUACGUGCUGAUCGGCGUGUUCGGCGGGCUCUACGGCGCCUUUGUCAUCAAGUGGAACCUACGCGCUCAGGCCUUUCGCAAAAAGUAUCUGGCACGCCAUGCCGUGCUGGAGGCCACGCUGCUGGCGGCUGCGACCGCCCUGGUCUGUUACCCCAACGUCUUUCUGCGCAUCGACAUGACGGAGAGCAUGGAGAUUCUCUUCCUCGAGUGCGAGGGUGCCGAGGACUAUCAGGGCCUCUGCGAUGCACCCAACCGGGCCUGGAACAUUGCCUCGCUCGUCGUGGCCACCGUGCUACGCAUCCUGCUCGUCAUCAUCUCGUACGGCUGCAAGGUGCCGGCCGGCAUCUUUGUACCGAGCAUGGCCAUCGGCGCCUCGUUUGGCCGCACUGUCGGCAUCGUCGUCCAGGCCCUGCACGAGCGGUACCCAGCCAGCGUCUUCUUUGCGGCCUGCGAGCCCGACGUGCCGUGCAUCACGCCGGGCACGUAUGCGUUCCUGGGCGCAGCCGCCGCGCUCAGCGGCAUCAUGCACCUGACCGUGUCGGUGGUCGUCAUCAUGUUUGAGCUCACUGGCGCACUGACGUACAUCUUGCCGACAAUGAUCGUUGUGGGUGUGACCAAGGCUGCCAGUGACCUCUUUGGCGGCGGUGGUGGUGGCAUUGCCGACCGCAUGAUCUCCUUCAGCGGCUUCCCCUUCCUCGACAACAAGGAGGAGCACAACUUUGGCGUGUCGGUGGCCCAGGCCAUGACGAGCGACGUUGUCGCCCUACCGGCUGCCGGCAUGACCUUGGCGGCCGUCGAGCAGCUGCUGGCCCGCGGCAAGUACCAGGGCUUUCCAGUCGUCGACGAUGUCGAGACCCGCGUGCUGGCCGGCUAUGUUGGCCGCACCGAGCUGCGCUAUGCCCUCGAGCGGCUGCGCAGCGGGUCCAGCGGCCCUGAUCUGCACCCGGACACCCGCUGUCACUUUCUACCUGAGGGUCCUGUUUCUCCCGACAGCACCACAGCCGACAGUGUCGAUCUUGGCCGCUUCGUCGACCGCACGCCCGUCACCGCACACCCACGGCUGCCGCUCGAGACCGUCAUGGAGCUGUUCCAGAAGAUCGGCCCACGCGUCAUCCUGAUCGAGUAUCGUGGCCGGCUGUCUGGCCUGGUCACCGUCAAGGAUUGCCUCAAGUACCAAUUUAAGGCCGAGGCUGCCGAGCACGCCCGUGACGAUGGCCACGCUGCCGAUGCUGCCCAGGAACAGCUGUGGGCCGCUAUGCGCUGGCUGGCCGUCUGGCUGGCCGACCGCCUGCAUAGCCUCUCGGGUGGCCGCAUCCGGCUCGGCGGCAGCGACAGCUACGGCGAGCUGGACGGCCGCAGAAGCUCGAUCGUCUUUGACGGCACAGAAGGAUUCGACGACGACGGCGUAGAGCUGGCAGACAGAUGA